AUGCCGCAGUUUGCUCAGCUGACCCUAGAACGAACAAUCAGUUUGUAUCCAUUGACGAAUUACACGUUUGGCACGAAAGACCCUCAAUAUGAAAAGGACCAGUCGAUCGUAGCGAGGUUUGACAGAAUGAAGGAGGACUUCAAGAAGACGGGGAUGAGGAGGUCAGUUGAGGGGGUCCUCAUUGUGCACGAACAUGGUCUACCCCACGUUCUCCUGCUACAGCUUGGCACUUCGUACUUUAAACUACCUGGGGGUGAGUUGAAGCCGGGAGAGGAUCAAGUCGGAGGUCUGAAACGACUGCUGACUGAGAUGUUGGGUAGGCAAGACCAGCCGCCUGUGGAAUGGACCAUUGAGGACACCAUUGCCAACUGGUGGAGACCCAACUUUGAAUCACCGCAGUAUCCUUACAUACCAGCCCACAUAACAAAGCCUAAGGAGCAUAAGAGAUUGUAUCUUGUUCAGUUGCCAGAGAAAGCUCUGUUUGCAGUCCCUCGCAACUACAAGCUAGUGGCAGCCCCUCUGUUCGAGUUGUACGACAAUUCUGCUGGCUACGGUCCAAUCAUUUCGUGUCUACCACAGAAUCUUAGCAGGUUCAACUUCAUCUAUAAUUAG